AUGGCCUAUAAAUUCACAGUUCGCGUCUACCAAACCAACACUAACGCCUACUUCACACCCAUCGAGACUUCGGUGCACGACGCGGGGUACUGGUCCAACACUGACGGCCAAUACACCCUUAUGACGGGCUUCGACACAUCCGGCGCCAUACGCCUCCACUCCGGAGGCGAAAACGUGGUGGUGUUUCUAGGGAAUCACGAUAAGAAAGUCUGGUGCGAUAUCGACACCGACAUCGAAGGGAAUACUGCUGCGAAGUUGAAUGCGGAGUACUAUGAUGGGAAGGCAAGGGAGAGAGAUAGGAAGAAGUAUGCGAAGAGUGCGACCGUUGUCAACAAGAAAACUAGGAGGUUUAGUUUGGAACUUGAGGGCGACCGGAAUCAAUUCGUAGCCAAUAUCAUUAUCCAGUGA